GUAGGUGCUGGGGAGAUGCAGCCAGCUGUGGGCCCUGCUCUCAGCUGGGAGGCUGCAGCAGCAGAGGGUGUGGACAGGAAGGAUUCUGCUGGGAGCCUCUGCACCAGCAGUCCCCCCCUCAGCACCAGCAGCAGCAGCCCCCUGUCUGAACCAGAGACUGCACCCUCGCCUGAACCUGUGGCCAGUCCCACCACUCACACCCUGGACCUCCUCAGCCUGGUGGUGGCUUUCAAGAGGCUGGAGAUCUUCGCCGAGCCGCUGUAUGACUUCUGGGAGAUGGUGAAAUACUUAAUCAGGUGGAAAGCACCCCUUUGCUCCCUCUUGUGCUGUCUUACACUCAACGUGCUGUUCCUGGCGCUCAGUGAAGCUGGCUGGUUCAUCCUGCUCGCCAUAGUUAUCUCUACCCCUGCUGUACUCGGGUAUCUGCAGGACUGCUGUCAGGAGCAACUCACCGAGCAGGCACUCGCACAGCGGAAAAGUCACAGUGUCCGAAGAGAGGACCUUCAGAAGGUUAAAAUCACCAGGCAGGAAGCCCUGGUAGAAAUUAAAACUUUCUUAAUUCAUCUGGACGACUUGCUGAACAAGACUUGUGUCAGUUGUGAGGCUGCGUACCGUGUCCUGUACUGGGAGGAUCACACUCUCUCAGUCCUGUUUUAUGGGACCUUGUUGGGAAUACUUUCCGUCUUGUACCUGCUCCCACUCUGCUGGGUCCUGGCUCUGUUGAACAGUGUGAUAUUUCUGGGAAAUGCUGACUUUUACCAGGUAAUUAACGAUUACAAGGGAGCGUUGCUGCAGAAUUUUAGGUCAACCCCAGAGGUUGAAGAGGAGGUUGCGGUGUCAGAAUCAGAAGGAGCUAUGAACCAGGAUGUGACUCCAACAGCAAGUACUCCAGAGGAAGUGGUCCCAGGAAAUAUGGAGGAGCAGGAGCAGGAACAGGACGAUGAAUUCAAGGAUGCAAUAGAGGAGGAUGACGAUGGUCCCCAGUGCAGUGGGGAUUACGAUCUGACCAUGCAAGACAAUGGAUUCUUCAAAAAUGAGCCAAUCAGGAGUAAAGUCUCCAAACUAACCGAAAAACUGCGGAAGCGUUAUCCUACCAACAACUAUGGAAGCUGUAGCAGCUGCUGUUCCACAUUUUCAGUCCUGAAGAAGCGGCGUAACUGCAGCAACUGCGGCAACAGUUAUUGCUCAAGGUGUUGUUCGUACAAAGUCCCCAAGUCAUCAAUGGGAGCCACUGCACCGGAUGCUCAGCGAGAGACUGUGUUUGUGUGUGCCCAGUGCUAUUUUCUUUUGAGCAAGUAGGAUGGUUCCCUUCUUCCCUCUCCUUUCUUUCUCCUCUUUUAUAUGUACAUUCUAUUUUUGUUUUAAAUGGAGUUCACUGAAUCGACACACACGAAGAUGAAGCAAUGCAGACCAGAAGGAUGAGCCUGCCCUGCGAGCUUCACAGUAUGUGGGGAUCAGGGAGGUGGUCCGGUUACAAGUUACAACUUUGACUCUGGAACCAGUGCUGUAUGUCAUGAUAUAGAAUCACAUAAAAUAAUAUAUAUCCUUAACUUUAAA